AAAAGGCAUUAGUUUCUGCAUUGUUGUGACUGUAAACAUACGUCUUUUGUUGGAAGUCAUAUAUAAGUCGACGGCGAAACGAGGAGGAGCUCAGUCAUUAACUACCUGGAAGCUUUACAAACAUGUUUCCUGUAGGCUUACUUGUAUUCUUCUCACUUUCUCAGGUCAUCAUCUCUGUUCCUAGCCCGGGGCGUGUAAAUGUCUGCAGUAGGCAAGUUUCGGUGCUUUCGUCACGUGCAGUUUCAAACUCCGUCUCUUAUCAACUUCGAGGCUAUACGGGUUGUGGUUUGUUUGAUUGGAGCAGAUGUACGAAAUACAGCCGUAGAUAUAACCUAGCCUACCAACUUGAGUAUUACGCAACUUAUUCAACGAACUACUAUUGUUGUGAUGGAUGGGCUGAAGAUGGAUUCGGAGGCUGCUCAAUUUGUGUGUGGGAUUGUGGCAUUGGUGGAACCUGUGAUUCACCGAACACAUGUGACUGUUUCUCAGGCUUUGAAGGAACACGGUGUGAUGACAUUGAUGAAUGUGAUGACAACAAUGGUGGAUGCCCUAACCUUUGUAUCAAUACCGAAGGAAGCUACUAUUGCCAGUGUUACAUGGGUUAUGACGAGGUAGACGGACAGUGCAAAGCCGUUUGUCAACCGCCCUGUGUUCAUGGUGAGUGUACGUCUCCAGGUCAUUGUGAGUGUGAGGGUAAUUAUGUCGGCGACGACUGCUCGGAUCUUAACGAAUGUAGGAGUGAAAACGGUGGAUGUGAUCACAUAUGCGAAAACUUUAAUGGAGGAUUUGAGUGUAAAUGCUUUUCUGGAUACACACUGUCAAUGCUUACUGAAUGUUUACCUGUUUGUGUUCCACCUUGUGAGAACAACGGUCACUGUUCAGGCCCAGGCCAAUGUAACUGUCCCGACACAUAUACUGGUGAUAGAUGCGAAGAUGAUGUUGAUGAAUGUUUAGUGGAUAAUGGAGGCUGUGAUCAUACCUGUGAAAACCUUCCUGGAAGGUUCAGCUGCUCAUGCCAGGAUGGGUAUACGGGUACAAGUGACUGUAUUGAUAUUAACGAAUGCACAUUUGCGAAUUGUCAUUCUUGCAUUAACUCACCUGGAAGCUUUGAAUGCAUCUGCAAAUCAGGAUAUGAAGUAGCUAAUUUAUAUAAUUGUGAAGAUGUUGAUGAGUGUGUAGCUGGUAUUGCAGAAUGUACCCAACACUGCUCCAACACUAUUGGUAAUUUCAGCUGCGAUUGUGAUGAAGGCUGGACACUAAAUCUUGAUGGAAAAACUUGCACUGCCAACCAAUGUGUUCACAUCGGCAUACCUUUCAAUGGGACACGCGACUGCACUGGUUUUACAACUGGAGAAUCGUGCAUCUUUGAAUGUGGAUGGAAUUAUCGAAUAGUGGGAUCUCAUAGAAGAGAGUGUUUACCAAGUGGCGUUUGGGACGGCCAAAUAACUCAAUGUGAAGAAAUUCUUUGUCCUGAAAUACUGUCGCCAACCAAUGGUUACACUUCUUAUCCGUGUUACAACAACGUUGGCAGUAGAUGCACAUUUGGCUGUGAUUUUGGUUAUUUCUUAGAAGGAGAUCCUGUUACAGAGUGUCAACUAUCUGGAUUAUGGAGUAGUCCUGUCUUAGCAUGUAUUGAAAUUAACUUUUGCACGCCACCACCGUGUUUAAAGGGUGUUUGCCACUUAUCCCAAAUUGAGGCAGACGGUUAUUUCUGCGAUUGCUCUGGAACAGGUUAUACAGGAACGCACUGUGAAUACGGUUUUGUAAGAACACCUGAUUGGCCUAGCAUAUGGGUAGGCAAUGUCUACGAGGACUUGGAAUUUUAUGCUAAACCAAAUGAAACACUCAUAGUAACGAUUAUGACAGAUCCAAGUAAAGUUGUCGUUGAACCCUCCAAACUAUAUUUUACUCCCAAAUCGAAUACCCAAACCGUUUCUAUUCAAGGACGUGUUCAGGGGCCUACACAGAUUCAGUAUGUUUUGAGAGGCAAGGGAGCAGCUAAAUUCAUAUCUCCAGAUGCUGAUGAGUUAUUUGUGUUUUUAAAUAAUACGAUUGACGAUGGGUAUGUCUACGGAAGGUAUUUGUCACCAGGCAAUCAACUACCGUUAGGGUGUUUUGAGCUGUCGGAUCUAUCUAUAUGUUCAGAUCUUCAAUUUAUAUCAACUGAAAAAUGGGAUGACAUAAAUGCUGCUGUUGAAACUAAUGGCAUUGUCGCUGUGACAACAGACACAUUCGAGCUGCCACUUAAUCUCAAUGGAUACUCCACCACAAAUACCUAUAACAUAAAAGCCACAUAUCCUGCUAACUGUCAGAGUAAAGAUAUAACAUUGAAUGAUGUCCAGGACUUUGUUCAACUUAAUUCAUUAUAUCGCACAUACACACGACAACUGGAACGUAUUCUUCCAGAUUGGAUUACUUUUAUAUCCACUAACAUAGAUCCAGAAAAAUCUAAGGCAUCCCUUUCUUCUUUGAUACUUAGUGGCAAAAAGUUGAAAUCAAUCAAGUGGUGCUCGUCUGCCCCCGUAAUUAAUGAUGGUCAGUACUCCGUUUAUUUACUUUACAAGACUGAGUUGAUCAUUGGAGGUAGACAUGUAUCAUUACCACUCCCACCAUACAAAGGGAAAUACUGCUUUAUUGUGGGUGUGUGUAAUAUCACAUCAGGAACGUUCAUGAUGAUGUUUCCGGAAGGUUCACGAGAUCUUCUAAGCUACAUCAACGACAGAGACUUUGAUGAUUCUAUUGACGUUGAAGUGAGUAGUCUUGCAUUUUCAACGUCUAACAUGUUGAAUCCAAAUGGUCAAUAUUGCCAAGACGAUGACAAAAUAAGCAUAUUUGCCAAUCUCCAAUAUACAUACAUAAUCAACCAAACAGUAUAUGCAAGACUCGAAGGCAGUGGAGAUGUUCAUGUGAACCUAGAUGAAACAACACAACUAUUUACUCGACUAUUUACGCAGCUGUGGCAGAUACAACAACAUGGUAAAUCCAAAAUAAGAUUGCAAUGGCGAAUUCUGGGUGAAGACGUAUCACUAGAAUUUGGCUCUAAACAAGUACAAAACUCGAUACUAAAUGCUAGCAUUGGUGAUGUGUAUAAGAGACAGACAUCGUAUGGUGUAUUUGAUGGCACGCCGUUUUCAUGGUUACUUAACCACAAGGGUGAAGGAACAUCCGUACAGGUGUUCAUUGAUUAUGAUUUAACACCGAGUAUUUCUAUCCCAACUGAACUUAGCUACGUAACACAGAUUGUCAGUCAACUUCAGAACUUUACAUCAGAGUUAAUGACAUUUGCAGAAGAGCUAAUGUCAUUUGGAUAUGACAACAUGCACUCUGCGAUUCGAUCUUCAGCCAGUUACCUGGAUGAUACAAUAAAAAACUAUUUCAAUGUACUAUAUAAAAAUCAGAUAAAACCAAUUGCCAAUUCUUUGUCAAAGUUGCGCAUACAGUGUAAAGAAAAUCUAAAUGAGCUACGGUACAUUAACGAAACACUUUUCAGCAUUUCAAAGAGUCAACAUAAUUACUUUAAAAAUGAUCUUUUUAAUUUAAUUCAACGACAAGAACAUCUCAGCAAUCAGGUUCUCAUUGAAGUUCAGACUGUUUUUGUUGAAGAAAUUGCAUCAGUAUCUGGUUUUCGUAUGCGCUCUGGGGUCUGUCUUUCGUCAUAUCUUUGCUUUCCAUCGUUGGACCUUAAAGUAUUUUAUUCCCUGUCAAAUACAAGCCACCACGAAUACACAGAGUUGCAGACUGUCGAAUCAAGUAUGCCAAAAGUCUACAUGAGAGGCACCUAUGAUACUAAAGAGAAACUCAAUCGAUUCAUUAGCAUUCCUAUUGAUGCAAAACUCAGCAUAAUGUUGCAAUCCAAUAAAAAUAUUUGGAUAGGAAGUAUACCAGUCUUCACAAACCUUCUUGGAAUCAAACAAGCUACGACAAUGCAACUAACAAUGUCUGGAAUACAUUUUGUUUUGUCAGGAAAGCUGUGGGCAUUAUUUGAUGUGGAAAUUAACGUCACUUCUGGAUUGAAUUCUUUUAAAUCAAUGGUACUACAUGCGGAUGGUGAUAUCUCUGUUGAGGGUCCAUUUUCUUUAGCAAGAAUUAUCAAAGACAAAAUAAUUACACUAACCCAAAAAGCUGUACAUGAUAGCGAACGAAGAGUGAAACAAGGCAUUAAAUCUAUCGAAAUUGCAAAAUCACGGUUAAAUUUAGUUUUGGAAGAAGAGCUUUUAAAGAAAGCUGAUGUUGAUAAUGCUCAACAGAAAGUUAUAUCUGCCAAAGAUGAUCUACUGGUGGCAAAUAAUAAUGUCGAUAAUGCACAAGAAUCAUUGGAUGAGUUAAGCGAAUACACGGCUGAGGUUAAGGACAAGUUAAAGGAUGUAUGCGAGGUACUUGAAUGCAUGGGAAAAUGCUUACCCGGAACUAAAAUUGUUACUGUCACUGAAGAUGUAUAUGCGUAUGUGCCGUACAAAUGCUGUGAUAACAGAACUGAAUUAGCGUUGGUCGAGGAAACAACUAACUGUUGCUGGGCUUGUCAAAUACCAACGCCAGUAAAGAGUUUUUCUUUCAGUGUUGACAUAAUUAAGUUAGCGAAAGCUGCUGUUUCUGCAUUUUCUGGUGAUUGGUGGAAGGCCGGUGAACAACUAGUAUCAUCCGUGAAAGUGAAGCGUGGGCAACGCCUGGCUUACUCAAAAGGCGAGUGUUGCGAAGUCUGCAAAAAACCAGUUGAAAUCGAAGUUAAAUAUAUGUCAUGCAGUACAUGCGUUGAUUAUCAGAUUGUAGGUAAAGUGGAAAAUAUUGGGACGGAAGAAAUUGAAUGUAGUACGCAGAUACCUGAUUCAAGCUGUGUGAGUCACAAUGAAGAUUGCAGAGAAACACGAAGCUAUUUAUUUGAGUCUCUGAAAAUAACAACGCCAGGUCUUGUAGAUCCGAUUGAAGCGUUGGAUAACGCUGUCUUGCAUGCCUCAAUUGCUGAAGCAGUAUUGAAUGAAGCAUUAAUUGAACUUGAUGACGCCGUGAGUCAACAUGAAGAAGUGUCGGCUAGAGUUCAAACAUUACAGGCAUAUCUUGAUAUUAUGCAGAGUGCACAAAUCCAAAUAAGUGAGGAUGUCCAAGCAGGCCUUGCUAUUAAAGAACUUCAGAUUAACGGAUCGAUUGAAGCAAGUUUAGAGUUCAAGAAACUUAAAUUUGACAUCGACUUAGUUGGAGAGGACACUACAGUAAUUCCAGUCUUAUGUUACCUUACGCUGGAGUCUAUUCCUGUACAGAUUCAAAUUUUUAUUGACUUCAACAAUUUAAAUUUCACAAUCGAAAAUGCUGCACUCUUUAUAACAGAAGAAUUGUUCGGUGAUAUAACUAGGUCAGUAAGAAGGAGAAGGGAAGCAAGUUCGAGACGUCACAGACCUUUCCAUGAUCGAAUCAGACGUGAUACUACUAUUAUUGAACAACCACCGAUCGACACUGUGGAUUAUAUUGUGAUAAACAAAACAUUGGGUCACAACAUAAACAGUAUUAUUUCUCGAGAUCUUAAUGUUGUUCAGAAUGAUGCGAGAUGCGAAGACUUUAACAACAUUCUAAAUUUUGUCAAGCUUUCCUUCCAAACCUUGUUAGAGAUUGCAAACUUCAGCAAAGUGAAUAACGUGCAGACAUUAGAAAAUGUAGACGACAUCCUCAAUGCAUACAUUUACAAUCUAUCAUCACCAUUACCAGAAGUUGUAAGUGAUAGUGUUGCUUUAGAGUAUUUUAACUUAACUGUGAACGACUUAAAAGAUAUAAACAAAAGUUCAGGUUACAGACUUGAGAAAAAUGCUUUGACAAAAGUUAUCUAUUCAGCAAUGGUAAAGGCUAACAACACAAAGUCUUUGCUUGAGGCUGACGACGUUCUGUCUAGAUGGGAAGACACAAUGGAAACCUACACACGUAAUUACAGUGGACUGACUGAUUGUGAAGGAUUCAAUGAUUGUUUGACAACUGAAUUGAUCGGUUUGAAAUAUUUGGCUGAAGGUAGACAAAUUUAUCAAAAUGUAAUCGACUUUGAUGAAUAUGUAUCAACUAUAUUAGAUAAAGAUACAUUCAGUGUCAAAGAAGCUGAAACAAGUGCAAGGCACGUACUUAAUGAAGUUAUAUUUCUUAGCAGGAAUAACGACAUAUGUUUAAAAGAACCAAUAAUUACCAAGCAUCCUGAAUCAAACAUUGUGACCCUCGAAGGAAAUGACGUCACCAUAAUGUGCCAAGCGUCCGGAAUUCCGUCACCAACAUUUAGCUGGAUGUUUAAUGGUCAUACAUUAAGUGGUGAACAUCUAAAUUCACUUUUCCUAACAAAGGUGGAUGCCUCUCACUCGGGUACUUAUAUUUGCCUUGCGAAAAACACAGUAACUUCAGUUCAGUCAAUGCAAUGUGAUGUCACAGUAGAAUUUGCGCCAUUAAUCACUGAACAUCCACAAGACAUUGACAUUGAGCACGGACAUCCCGAAGGCAUAUUCUUAACUUGCAAAGGAACCGCUCUUCCAUUACCAAACUAUCAGUGGUAUUUCCAGUCCGCAUCAUCAAUGACCAUGAAGGCCAUCUUAGGUCAGAAUGCCUCUGGUCUAGAGAUUUUAAGUCCAGAAUAUAGCCAAGACGGAUGGUAUACAUGUAAAGUGUCAAACAUACAUGGUAGUCACAUGUCUAAUCCUGCUAGACUGAAUGUGCUUGAAGUAUCUGUGCCAGAAUUCUCCAGUGACAUUACGAUUACCCUUUUCCGAUUGGAUGAUUAUAACUCGACGUAUAUAAAUAUAUCUUUGGAAGAUGUAAUUUCACAGGUCAUUAAAGACGAUGAGCCAGAACUCGAACGUUUAAAUUAUAAAGAAUCAAAUCCCACUGGCAUGGCAUUUCUUACUGAAAUCACUUUUGACAUUAUAAGUACAAACGCCACAUCAAUUGAUUUUAUGAAUGCAAGUCGACAUGAAUUGGCGUAUCAAGUUCAACAGAAAAUUGAACAGGUACGUGUUAAAGUUGCCAAACUUAACGAUUUGUUGACUCCAGGAAGAAUAUUUGAACACCGAGGAGAAUUACUUGAGGUGACAUUGUUCAACGCUGGUUUUAAUGGCCCAAUAUGUCCCAUCACCCAAUACGCACAUCAGAAUGGAUAUAUUUGCGUGAAUUGUCCUCCUGGAUCAUAUCGAGGCAACAAUAAACUGCCUGCAACCUGCCAGCAAUGCCCAUGGGGAUUCUAUCAACCAGAUGAAGGACAGACAGAAUGCAUUGUAUGCGAUGGUGACAUUGUCACAGAUUCUGGAGCAAGACUCUGCCCUCCUAAAGAUGAUGUCUUGCCAAGUGACACAGUGACAACAGUAUUAAAUGGCACUAGUACUCUAUUGUUUCAUGAGCCUGAAACAAAUCAAUUGGAUGGUAAAGUUUUCAUCUACGCCAUUGGGGGUGGUAGCGGUGGAUUAGCUGUUUUAGUAGUAGUCAUUGUUAUCAUCGUAUGUCAUCAACGAAAGAAAAAAGAGAAAAGAUAGGAGAAGAAUACAACGUUUCCUUCAAAAAAACGGAUUCUGAAGGAAAUAAUGACUUACCACUAGAAACUCGCAGUGGUCCCUCAACAUAAAAUAGUUAAACAAGGCCUAGUAUGAUUCUGAUUGCAUUGAUAUUAAGAAAUUAAUAAACAUUGUACUGAUGGUAACAUCAGUGAUAAAUGAUAAUGAUAUGUCGGGAUUUUAAUGGUGUAGGUAAGUUAAUGGUGUACAUCUACGUUUCAAGUUAAUUGAACACAUAAUAGUCCCAACUCAAAUAGAAAGAACAUUUAAGAUGGAUCGUUUUACCUAAAAGAAGGGCCUCAAUGUGUAUUGAUGGUGAAAGAAUAUGUUUUUUAAUACAUAAAAUCAUGAUGAAAAUGCUUAUAUUCAGUUCCAAACACAUGUGUGUGGCAAAUAUUAUAAAUAAGAUAAGCCUUAUGUCGUAUUAUUUUCGAAAUGGAGGAAGGGGGGGGGGUUGGUUUAGGUGGGUAUGAUAAAUUACUAACCGGGAGAAUUAUUUCCUCUGCCCCACUGACCCAGGACCCAUGUUAUGCGCCUGCUAGGUUAGCUUAGGUUUACGAAGGAUCACAUAACAUUCCAAAGCAUACAAAACACAUUGAACACUAGAAUAAGUAAAUAAAACUAUUUUUUAACAAUUGUAGGCCUCUCCUUAAUAGUCGUUUCUCACGUUAAUGGUGGGUGAAUGUUUCGAAAAUAUAUACUUUAAUACUGAUUACAUUGUCAGUUUGCCAUAGUAAUACCCACUAUAUAUCACGUGACUGACUGUAAACAAACCUCACGGAAUGUGUCUAUUGAGGGAGAGUUUUACAGAAGUAAUUCUCGAAUAUUGCAUUAUAUAAUUGUACACAGAUUACGGUAUUGUCAUGAAUAAAUAUUAUAAUUUUUAUUUUAUGAAAUUUAAUCUAAGUUAUAACGCAAAUGUUGUUCGGCCAUGUUUCUUUUUGUCACAUGGAUAACUUAACGUUGAUUAACGCACUACGUUACCCACAUGGCCAUUUUUUACGGAUUAACUUUCGCAAUUUGCAUAUUUGUACAGAUGUACUUCUUCGUUUAUGUACCUGCUUAGCGCAUAACAGCCAAAAGAAUUUUGAUUUCAAAAGGAAAGGUUGUUUGCUUUGCAAGUCAGUUUUUGCUUCAGAAUUUUAAGUAGAUUAAUAUUAUUGUCUAUAAAUUAUUCUAUUAAAGCAUUUGAAUUACAAUAUUAAAGCAUUGCAUUUAUCGGAUGUGUCCAGUGUUCUAUACUGAAUACUAAUCUAUGCAGGUUUGAUAUCAUAUGUUUAAAUAAUAUGCCAGGGUAGACACUGUGUGUGUCAUUAUGCAUGAAUUUAAUUAUAGCGAUAGAUGCGCUUAAAACGUAGGCCUAUUUUUAUUCAUCAGUAGUGAUCAAUGUAUUUAAUUAUAGACUCAUGAGAAUCGUCAGCCGGAGUAUCAACAAUUAAGUUGAUAGCAUGAUAUGAAACUUGUGUAGUGAUUGGUCCAGGUAUUACUUGUUCAUAAUCACUAAUGCUAUGGCGUUAAUUAUUAAUCUUAGUGUAUUUUUAAUGAUUGUUGUAAUUAAAAAUAAGUAUGUGCUCUUAUCCUUAUAAUUCAUACAUGAAAUAAAAUUGAAUCGUAAUAGACACAGUUUGAACUGUUUAAUAUUUAAUGUUUUGACGGUGUAGUUUCACUGGGUUGUUUAAUAUUGGUGUGCAUGAAGUGAAGUGUUUUGCCAAUAGAGCCUAUACAUUCUUACGCUUAACUUAAACUUGCAAUUUUAUUAAAUUUUUCACCGGUUGAUGUCUGUUAAUAGUUUUAUCAAUACAUUAUGCAAUAAUAUAAUGCAAUUGAAUAUUAAUGGUUCAUGGUUUUUGAUGUUCCAUUUGCAAAUAUUUCUUAUUAAAGUUUGAAAAUGAAAUAAUCAAA